AUGUUUUUCUUCUUGGCUUUCUUCUUGGUCCCAUUCAGCGACGCCGCCAUCACAGUCGACCUCAACUGCACGACUUACAACGGAACAGCUGUUUGAUCGAAAGUUGAAUACAGAGUCCUCAAUGAUUUUCAGUUUGUCUACGCCAACACCGCGACCAUCUGCUCCAACAUCUACUCGGACACGGCCUGCAAUGCUCUGUAUCCGACGUCUCCGGCCGGCGGAGACCUGCCGGCUUCUGGAACAGACAUUGCCAGGCCUCUCAACUGCUACACAUCUACUACCACUACUCCGGCUCCACUCAGCACUGAGCUCAAAACUGCCGCCAUCGCCAGUUGCCCGAAGACGUGCGGAUACUGUUGUCAGACUGACGCCUACUCUUGCGCUAAUGCUCAAUGUGAGAGAAAUCUCACAAAAUAUUCACUGAAGAGCUCUCAGACCCUAGCAUGAACUGCGCCUCCAUUACAAACUCUCAAUGCCUCGACCCUAACUGGAGAAGCGUCAUCGCCGCCAACUGCCCAGCUGCUUGCGGACUCUGCGGAACUGGUAGAAUCGUUUUGUUCACUUCGGAAAAGUACCGAAAUUCUUAGGAGGAUGCGUCGAUGCCGUCACUAACUGUGCCAACGACAUCACCAUCUGUAACUCCGUUGGAAUGCAAGACUUUGUCAACGUGAGCUACUUUCUCCAAACCUCUCUCAAAUUGUCAUCUUCAGAAGUACUGCCAACGCACUUGCGGACGCUGCCCUUCCACCACAGCUGCUUCUGGAUCUGUAACUUCAGGAAGCACGGGCACGUGCACUUCUUACAACGCUGACUCUUCUGCCAGGUCUCAUUCUCAUUUUUUUUUUCGAUCAUCUAUAUAUGAUAACAGAUGCGCUUCCUGGAGCAAGAACGGUUUCUGCACCAACAACUUCUACUCUCUGGCUCAGCGAAAGGCCUCGUGCGCCACCACCUGCAGAAUUUGCUAA